CGCCCCAGCCCCCCAGCCGAGGCCACCCCGCCUAUUAACGGCCGCGGGUCGCCCGGCCCGCCCCGCGCCCCGCCGGUUACGCCCAGCGGGUCUCUCUCCGAACUGUCCGGGGACGCGCGUUUGGGUCCGGACCUGAGACCGCCGUGUCGCUACAUCUCACCGGGGCUAUGGCCUCACUGGACGACGUGCGGGAGCUGAAAAAAGAACAUAUCCGUUCCUUGACUAUGUGUGGCCAUGUUGGCUUUGAAAGUUUACCUGAUCAGCUGGUUGAUAGAUCCAUUCAGCAAGGCUUCUGUUUUAAUAUUCUCUGUGUGGGGGAGACUGGAAUUGGAAAGUCCACACUGAUUAAUACCUUGUUUAAUACUAAUUUUGAAGAACUUGAAUCCUCACAUUUUUAUCCAUGUGUUAAACUUAGAGCUCAGACAUAUGAACUCCAGGAAAGUAAUGUUCGCUUGAAACUCACCAUUGUAAAUACAGUGGGAUUUGGUGACCAAAUAAAUAAAGAAGAGAGCUACCAGCCAAUAGUUGAUUACAUAGAUGAUCAAUUUGAGGCCUAUCUUCAGGAAGAAUUGAAGAUCAAGCGUGCUCUUUUUAACUACCAUGAUUCUCGUAUCCAUGUGUGCCUCUACUUCAUUGCUCCAACAGGCCAUUCCCUAAGGACGCUUGACCUCUUGACCAUGAAGAGCCUGGACAGCAAGGUGAACAUUAUACCAUUAAUUGCCAAGGCAGAUACAAUUUCUAAAAGUGAAUUACAGAAGUUUAAGAUGAAGCUCAUGAGUGAACUGGUCCUCAAUGGUGUUCAGAUAUAUCAGUUUCCAACAGAUGACGACACUACUGCCAAGAUCAAUGGUGCAAUGAAUGGACAUUUGCCAUUUGCUGUUGUAGGAAGUAUGGAUGAGAUAAAAGUUGGAAAUAAGAUGGUCAAAGCUCGUCAGUAUCCUUGGGGUAUUGUACAAGUGGAAAAUGAAAAUCACUGUGACUUUGUGAAGCUACGGGAAAUGCUUAUUUGUACAAACAUGGAGGAUCUGAGGGAGCAGACCCACAGAAGGCACUAUGAGCUUUACAGGCGAUGCAAAUUGGAGGAAAUGGGCUUUUCAGAUGUGGGCCCAGAGAACAAGCCCCUCAGUCUUCAAGAGACUUAUGAAGCCAAGAGACAUGAAUUCUAUGGUGAACGUCAGAGGAAGGAAGAAGAGAUGAAGCAGAUGUUUGUGCAGCGAGUAAAGGAGAAAGAAGCCAUAUUGAAAGAAGCUGAAAGAGAGCUUCAAGCCAAAUUUGAGCACCUUAAAAGAAUUCACCAGGAAGAGAGAAUGAAACUUGAAGAAAAGAGAAGAAUUUUGGAGGAAGAAUCACUUGCUUUCUCUAAGAAAAAAGCUGCCUGCGAUCUCUUCCAGAACCAGUCAUUUAUGGCGUCAGGUAGCACCACUAAGAAGGACAAAGACCGAAAGAACUCCAAUUUUAUUUAACACAAGAGUUCCAGAGCACAGAUGGUCAUCACAGUCAAAAGUCAUUUGUAUGCUUUGAGCUUUUGCUCUUUUUGCCUUAUCACUAAUUCAAUUAUCUAGCAAAGGGCUAAAGCUACUCACACUUGUAGAAAAAUAUUUUCACAUGUAAGGCUGAACUUUCAGCUAAAGUUCAUAUUUCUUACACGUUUACUGUUGUUAGGAAUCUGUAAGUUGCUCUUUGGUUGGAUCUUGGUCUACUUUCCUGCUGCCAAAUGUUACUUUACUGUGUGUUUAAUGGCAAAGGUUUAUUGCCAUUGAAAUUACAGAGCUCCUUCAUAUUAUGAAUAUCAGAUUGCAUUUUUAUUCACACAUGAACCUAUUUUUUUGCUGUAUACUAAACAGAGAACACUGGAGGCAUAUACCUUGGAAUGUAUUACAGAGUUAAAGCUAACAUCAAUAGUAGAAAAUUUUAAAAUUUAAUACAAUAAGCUAACUUGUGAUAAUCUGAGAUUCCGUGUCAAACAAUGUAACCUUUUAUGCUUCAAUGUGCCUUGUUGUGUAUUGCUGUGAUAAAAUAUGUUUAGAAGUUAAAACAUACAUUUGAAACUGAAUUAUCAUAUUAUUUUUCUUAAGAUGUCAUGUAUUUUUUUUAAUGCUGUCUUUCAGGGACUAAGAAAGUUGAAAAAAUAAGAAAGUUGAAAAUUUUAUUAGAACAUCUGAAUUUAAAACUUGAUAUUUCAUAUUUCAGGAGAUAUUUGCAUUCAGUGCCUUAGUCCUAGAAUAUUUUACUGUUUUAUCUUUUAUAUCGUUUAUAGGUAUAUGUGUUUUCAUUCUUUUGUAUUUUAAUAUUCUGUAUUCUGAAUAAAAUUGAUAUUCUUGACAAA